CUUCCGGUUACGUCACGAAUUCUCCUCCAAGACCGAGGCACCGGGAGAGCUAUGAACCGGAGAGACCGAGCGCAAAUGACGGGCUACCACCAGUGACAGGAGACGGAGCGCAGAGAAGACAUUGAAGCCGCCUUGAAGACAGACUGACCGUGUAGGAACCGCCCUACGGGGCGCCACAAGCAGCUUUUAACCAAUAGUAACACUGUUUGGAUGAAGCCACAGGGGUAAAAGCUUGUGCAACCAUGAGCCGAGGCAAGCGUGACAGCAACUUCUCCGUCUUUGAAAUCGGAGACUCCACAUUCACGGUUCUGAAGCGCUACCAAAAUCUGAAGCCUAUUGGGUCUGGAGCACAAGGAAUAGUAUGCGCUGCUUAUGAUGCUGUUCUUGAGCGUCAUGUGGCCAUCAAAAAGCUGAGCCGACCCUUCCAGAACCAAACACAUGCUAAGAGGGCCUACCGGGAGCUGGUACUCAUGAAAUGCGUCAAUCACAAGAAUAUAAUUGGGCUUUUAAAUGUCUUCACGCCACAAAAAUCUUUGGAGGAAUUUCAAGACUUGUACAUUGUGAUGGAACUAAUGGAUGCCAAUUUGUGCCAAGUUAUACAGAUGGAAUUGGAUCAUGAGCGCAUGUCCUACCUUCUUUACCAGAUGCUUUGUGGCAUUAAGCACUUACAUUCUGCAGGCAUCAUCCACCGGGAUUUAAAGCCAAGUAACAUUGUAGUGAAAUCUGACUGCACCUUAAAGAUUCUAGACUUUGGCCUUGCCAGGACAGCAGGAACCAGCUUCAUGAUGACACCUUAUGUCGUGACACGUUACUACAGAGCUCCUGAAGUGAUCCUGGGAAUGGGAUACAAAGAAAAUGUGGACUUAUGGUCGGUGGGGUGCAUAAUGGGAGAAAUGAUAUGCCACAAGAUUCUCUUCCCGGGAAGGGACUAUAUUGAUCAGUGGAACAAGGUUAUCGAGCAGCUUGGAACCCCCUGCCCUGAAUUUAUGAAGAAGUUGCAGCCUACAGUAAGGACCUAUGUGGAGAACAGACCCAAGUAUGCAGGUUACAGCUUCGAGAAGCUCUUUCCAGAUGUCUUGUUUCCCGCAGACUCUGAGCAUAACAAAUUAAAAGCCAGCCAAGCCAGAGAUCUGCUAUCAAAAAUGUUAGUAAUUGAUGCUUCCAAGAGGAUCUCUGUUGACGAUGCUCUGCUGCACCCCUACAUCAAUGUUUGGUACGACUCUCUAGAGGCUGAAGCUCCUCCACCAAAGAUACCAGAUAAGCAGCUGGAUGAGAGAGAACAUACAAUAGAGGAAUGGAAAGAGUUAAUAUACAAGGAAGUUCUGGAUUGGGAAGAAAGAGCAAGAAAUGGUGUCAUCCGGGGUCAACCAGCCCCUUUAGGUGCAGCAGUGACUGAUGGCUCCCAGCCUCAAACCUCCUCCUCAUCGGCUGAUGCUUCCUCCAUGUCCACAGAUCCAACGUUGCCCUCCGACACGGACAGUAGCCUUGAAACCUCUGCAGGGGCCCUGGGCUGCUGUCGAUGACUCAGCAGGAAGACCGAAGGAAAAGAUGGCAGGGAAAGGAGGAGGUGAAGAGGGACCUCUAGGGUAGCACACAGUGAUGGCACCAGGAUGCAACGUCUAUUAUUGUAGAGUAAAUAUUAUUAACCCCUUAGCUACCCGACCCCCUCGGUUGCUCGGCAGUCAUGGGAGUGGGGUUUCGCAGGGUCUAAGAGUUGACCUGGGAAGGAGCGACAAAAUACAAUGCAUUCCCUGCCAGGCCUAUGAUGGUUAACAAAAGUGUAGUUUCAUUUUUAUUUUUUUAUUUUUUUUGUGCUGUAAUUUGAACACUUAAGUGCUGGAGGGUUUGAAAAGCUGCCAUAAAUAUGUAUUGUAUUUUUAUUUCCAUAGUGUGAGAAAGGGAUAGGGGUGGGGGGCUUAGCGCUCCGACUUUUUUUUUCAGAAAAGGUCACUUUGGUCCUGAUUGUCUUGAAAUUUUUAUUUUUCAUUUGACUUAGAUUUUCAUUUUAUUUUUUUUUUGUCCGUUUCUUUGCUGGUGCUGCUCAUGUUUUUGUUUUUUAUCCUCUUCGAAUUUUACAGAUCUCUUCCAUAUUGUAAUAAUUUAAAGUUGAUUUUUUUUUUUUUUCAUUGUAUGAGUUUUAUCACACUUAACAUUUAUGCCUCCAUUUGCCAGUAAACCAAAGGGAGACACUGCUUCUACCCACUUUUCAUUUUGUAUUAUUGCCUGUGCUAUUGAGGUGUUGGUGCAUCCACUCUUGCAAAGUCAGGAAAAUAGUAAGAUUUUUGUCUGAGUGAAUUUCUAGCCCUUUUUUAUGUGAGCAUUGGGUGUGGCGCAUACACCGAGGUCAUGCACGUUGAAGCUGCACUUCAUCAAUGCACAACUAUUCGGUGAUAUCUGAACAUUCAUGCAGGUAAACACUUUCAACGUUACCGGUGCUUUCCACUGUGAAGGGGCAGUAUCUCCCUAGUUUAUAUUCAAAAAAAUUCCCUUCCUUCCUGAAUCCGUAUUUCCCUUCCAAUGUUUGAUGUAGAUGCAGUUUUGCCAUGCUGAGUAUUCUGUGACCUAACUGAAUCAUGAUACUUUAUGCAUGUGCCCUUGUGGUGCUAAGUCGCUCAUGGGUUGAAGUUGGGCUAAUGUAAAAUCCUCUUUUUUUUUUUUUUUUUUUUUUUUUUUUAAAAUAGUAUUCCUCUCAGGAAGCUGAAUAAAUAGUUAGAUGGUGGCAGCCAUGUUAUGUGUGGAAAUGAAAGUUAUUUAUUUUUUUAUUCAGGGUUGGGUAAGAGUAGAAGUGUUACUCUGGAUAGGUACUGCUUAGUGCAGACGAGGACUUGGUUGAACUGUGAGAAUGAAUGCACCAUAGAUGCCUCCUGUGUCGCACCUAAAGUAUGCAUAGGGCACGUUUCACAUUUCCCAGGGCUGGCCUGCCAUGGAGAAGCAAUCUUCACCUCGUUAGAGAGUUCUUUUGUCCGUCUAGAUGCACCAUAUCACUGCUUGUUAAUUCCUCUUCUGUUUACGUUAGCAGUGCAGGUCAAUCAUUCAGCCAAGUGUGUGAGCUACCCAUGCUGAUGACAGCUGCGGGCGCCCAGAGCAGCACGGCCAUUUAUAUGAUCACCGACUCGUAAUAAAAGAUCAAUGUUGGGGAAAAUCUUUAA